ACACCGGGUGAAGCGAUUAAGUCCUUUGGGAUAGCUUUCUGGGAGCACGCGGGAUUCUGCGGAAGAGGUGUAAAUGGUGACAUUGCACAAUUAUUUGCAGAGCUUGAAGCUUAUCGGAUUGCGGCCUGGUACCAAGACACUGUGGGCCGCGGGAUGAAAUCCCUUGCUGUCCUCUAUGGGGUGGCGCUCUGUGGUCUUCUAGACAAUCUGCUCAGCCAGUACAAGCGUGAAAGCAAGUGGCUGCAAAUGGCUCAGAGACACAACCGCGUGCAAAAGUGGCGUAAGAAGACAGUAGGAACCGAGAAGCCUCAUGUUUUCUCUCCGAAAGCAGUGGAACGAUCGAUUUAUUUGGCCCACGGCCUGUACCUCAUCAACGCGGCCUUCGAGAAACCAUGGUUCUGCGAAGACAGUCGAUGCCCUCGCGUCAACGGGCGUCACACCGAGGUCAAACAGGAUUGUGGCCUUGUGCGUUACAUAUUCUACUGUGGUCUC